AUGAAUGUCUCUUUUGCUCGUUCAAAGCACUGGAAGGAAUACGAUGUCUUUGCGAACCAAAAGAUGUCAACCUUUAGGUCUUCACGACCAGCCGUGCUUGAAUUGGCGACCCGAUACAAGGAGUUAUCUCAAGAUCUAAAGCAACUGCACUCCAGGAGAAAUGACAUGUCGCCCGAACAACAAGAAGAAGCCGACAAAAUACUAUUUAUGGAGAUGUGCGAGAUUUGCCUAUGGGGAAACGCUACCGAUCUCUCCCUUCUGACAUCUCUCACAUACGAAGAUAUCCAAAAGCUCCAAGGUGCUGAAGCCCGAAAGAAGGCCGAAGCCAAUGUUCUUGUGAACGACCUUCCAGCCGCAUUUGACAUAUUAAACAAAGCCCGCAUGGAACGAAAGAAUGAAGAGCGCCGUGUAGACAUCGUUCUUGAUAACGCAGGGUUUGAACUCUAUGUCGACCUCAUCCUAGCUGGCUAUCUCCUUUCCUCAGGCCUAGCCACAUGUGUCGUUUUACAUCCCAAAUCUAUCCCCUGGUUCGUAUCGGAUGUUUUGCCACGGGAUUUCGGAGAUCUCAUUGCUCUCCUUUCCAACCCACAGAGCUUCUUCACCAGCUCAGACGAGGGAGAGAGUGGUGCCGAGAAGAAACCUGAACCCCUUUCGGAGAAGGAAGUAGACGAGCUGAAAUAUUUAUUCGAGCAGUGGGGAGAUUUCCAUGCUGAAGGACAAUUGAUUAUCAGACCGAAUCGGUUCUGGACCGCCGGGUCAAGUUAUUGGAGAUUACCGCAUGAAGCUCCCAAGCUCUUCGAGGACUUAAAGGAGAGCGAGCUAGUCAUCUUCAAGGGAGAUCUAAAUUAUCGAAAGCUGACAGCAGAUGCUCACUGGGACCCAACAACUCCAUUUAACACCGCAAUUGGGCCCCUUGGGUUGGGUUCAGGCGUUAGAGUACUGGCUCUCCGCACUUGUAAAGCUGAUGUAGUUGUCGGUUUAAACAAAGGCGAGGAUGAGCGUCUGCGCAAUAUGCCGAAUGGAGGUGGUGACUCUGGAUCACGAAAGUGGGCAUGGAGUGGGAAAUGGGCUGUCGUUUCACUAUGUGAUGGGAAGAGUAAGGUAUAA